GGAGGAAGGCGGGCGCUGCGGCGGCCGCAGGGAGCGGUACCGGUGCCGGUGGGGGUGCCGGUGCCGGUGAGGGUACCGGUUGGGGUCGGGGGCAGCGCCAUGGCCAAGUGGGGGCAGGGGGACCCGCGGUGGAUCGUGGAGGAGCGCGCGGACGCCACCAACGUCAACAACUGGCACUGGACGGAGCGGGACGCGACCAGCUGGUCGAAGAGCAAGCUGAAGGAGGUGCUGGUGGGGCUGGUGGUGGAGGGGGAGGCCGGGCGCUGCGAAAUCAGCGACCUGAAGCAGGUGGAAGGCGAAGCGUCCUGCAACAGCCGCAAAGGGAAGCUCAUCUUCUUCUACGAGUGGAACUUGCGCCUCAGCUGGAAAGGUACAGUGAAAGAGUCUGGUGAGAAACAUAAGGGAUCUGUUGAAAUUCCUAACCUGUCAGAAGAAAAUGAGGUAGAUGAUACAGAGAUAAACAUUAGCAAAAAGAAGGGGGAAGGUGAUGUUCUGAAGGACCUCAUGAGAACUGAAGGAACGAUGAAAGUCAGAGAGGCUCUGAGAGAUUACCUGAAAGCACUUAAAACGGAGUUUACGUUGGGAAUGAUUCUGCCAACAAAAGCUACUGUAGGUCAGGAACUGGCCACUGAGGAAAAACUAAGCGGGAGCACUGUGCAAGAUUCCAUUUCACCACCAUCUUUGGAUAUAGUUGGUGUUAAAAUUCCAACAGUGAAGAUACUUAUGAGAGAAAUCUUCAACUCUCCAGCAGACGAACUUUACAGCAUCUUCACAACCAAGGAAUUGGUACAGAAGUUUUCCAAAUGUCCCGCUGUGAUUGAAGCAGAGAAAGGAGGCAAAAUUCAGAUGUUUGAUGGCUGUGUCAGUGGUGAAUAUACAGAAUUGGUCCCGAGCCAAAGAAUUGUCUUGAAGUGGAGGUGUAGAAACUGGCCUGAUGAACAUUAUGCAAUGGUAGCCUUGAAUUUCAAGGACAUGGCUGCUCAAACGGAACUGCAGUUAGAGUGCAAUGGAGUUCCUGUCUCUAACGAAGACAGUACAAGACAAUGUUGGAAGAAGCAGUAUUUUGAAGAAAUACGUAUUUUUCUUCAGGAAUCCAAAGACAAUAUGGAAUGAUAGCAGCACUGUAGUUUUGUUAGGGCAUUGCUUUUUAUACGUUGUUAACAUUUGGUUUUUUAAAAAGUAAUUUAUUUGUGGGAAGAAUUGAGGCCCACCUCUAUGAUACUGUAAAUAAUUGAAGCAUUAUUUAAGGAUUUCUACUGAAUGCGGUGGCGAGUAAGGCAGGCUGUGUAUGAACAGCUUCACUUGGGGAAAUUGAUCUCUCUUCUGCUUGCCUGCAGCUUAACUUCAGAGAAUAAUUAUGAUGCAGCUGCAGUAAAGUACUACCAGAAUAGGUAGGUAAGCGACACAAAUCAAUAGCAUUUGCAGUUCUUUAAUAUGCAAUGUAUCAAGUGGCAAAAUUGAAUUUCUCUAGGAGAGGGGGUUCCCAUCUGAGGUGAGCUGAAAGGGAUUAUGGACUGCUGAUACAUUAGAGCUUUCAAGAAGAGUGGGGAUGGAUACGGUUUACAGCUUCUUUAAAUACUACUUAAGAUUGCUUUAAGUGCAGACUGAGUUUGUUUCUAACUCCAUAGACAGUUUUAGGAAAAGAUAAUUAACAAUGUCAUGCAAUUCAGGUUAGUCUGACAGUUACCACUGCUAUGGCUGCAUGUGCUGGACUCCCUUUCUUGACCUGAGUGUGAAAUUUAUUUUGGAAAAAACAAAUAGUAAUAACACUUUCAUUCUGCAACUCUGUAAACCUUCCACUUGCAUCUUUGAGGGUUCCUGGCAAUUCUGUAUCUUCAAUAAAAGCGGGCAACUGUUUGUUAAAGAAGUUUGGGAUAUUCAAAGUCAAUAAUUGUUACUUUAAUUAAACCACAUUGAGGUUAGUAAGGAUAACUUAAUUCUAAACUGCUUUAUAAAAAGUGCAUUAAGUAUGCAAUUUGAAACAAAUUGACCAAAAAAGGCAAAGCUGCCUUUGGAAAACAUGGGUGGUUCAAUAAAAUCUGUGAUUUUA